AUGCCGCAGCCAGAUCCUUCGAAGAGACCAUAUCGACCUGGUUCCGAAACUGGAUCCACCGUUUCCGUCCGCCUACCUGACGACAUCACCUCUCUGGCCCCAUCAAGUUCCGUGGCUAGUCGGGGUGGGAGGUCACGUUCAUCUAGUCCAUCACGCGUGAAAGCAGAACUAGCCGCCGCCACCCCCAGGGUCGUCUACAUACAUGAAUCUACCGACCCCAAUAGCGUCGCUGCGAGUCUGCUACUGGCAACUCUAACAAAGGGUUCUGAGUACGGCCCAGAUGAAGAGGUUGCUCGGAAAGUUGCAAAUGCGUCGUGUCAGUGUGCUACUGAACUGCGCAGUGAAGGUUCCUGGUUGAACAAGGUCGCACUGCCGCUGUUGGAAGGGGCCAUUGCGGAACUGCCGUUAGAGUGUUGGAGCAUUCAAACAGAAUCCGUUGAUCCUCAGUACCAACCUCGCUACACAGCCCGCGAUACAUACACUCGCAAAGUGGACCUAGUUGUCGGUCUGCCUGUGGACUUUUGGAAAGUAGACUAUGAACAGGCGGGGCUCAAUACACCAGGGAAAUGCUUCAGCCAUAUGACCCAUCCGCACACUGGGAAACGUGUUCUAGGCCCUGGUGUUGAGAUCAAAGCCGCGGACGGAAACUUGGACGAGUAUGCGAACAAUGUCGAUGCGGGAGGUUUCACUAUGCCCCUCGUCGCUGAGACUUUGUCGUAUGCCAAUGCCUUCCGUCAGCAGUUUGGGAUAGAGACGAAUUCGACCUGGGACGAGAUGGCCGCCAAUGUCUUGGUUCUCCGUGAGAACGGCGUGACCCUCGAAUUCACUACCAUGAAUGGAAGUGCUGUGGUCAAGCAGGCGGACGUUAUUUUGGACACUUACCCUCUAGACUACGCCACUCAGGACCCGUUGAACGACCUAGACUACUACGCCAACAAGCAGUCUCCUGAUGGACCGGCUAUGGCCUGGGCUAUCUUCUCGAUCGUGGCCAACGAGAUGUCGCCCUCCGGAUGCUCGGCUUUCACCUACGGUCAAUACUCGUACAAACCAUAUGUCCGAGCUCCUUUCUUCCAGAUGUCGGAGCAAUUAAUCGACGACGCUGCCAUCAACGGAGGCACCCACCCGGCGUUCCCGUUCCUGACUGGUCACGGUGGUGCUAACCAGGUUGCCCUCUUCGGCUACCUGGGACUGCGUCUGCUCCCCGACGACUACUUGCACGUUUACCCCAACCUGCCGCCCCAGAUCCCGUACUUGAAAUACCGAACUUUCUACUGGCAUGGAUGGCCCAUUGAUGCCUGGUCCAACUACACCCACACUAUCAUCAGCCGGGCCACCGAUGCCCAGGUUCUUGAUACCGCGGACCAGCGCUUUGCCAACCAGACGAUCACCGUGCGCUCCGGCACUAAGACAAACUUUACCAUGUACAGUCUCCCGGCAUCGGGCUCCCUCGUCAUCCCCAACCUCCGGACCGGCUCACGCGAUACCAUCACUGGUAACCUCGUCCAGUGCCAGCCUGUUCAGUCUGUGAACACCUUCCAACCGGGCCAGUUCCCUAUUUCCGUGGUGGAUGGAGCCUCCUCGACCAAGUGGCAGCCCGCCUGGGCGGCAAACAUGAGCGCUGUGACUGUCUCGUUCGGCUCGGAAGCCGGCUCCAUGGUCUCGGGCUUCUACUUCGACUGGGCCCAAGCACCUCCCGUCAACGCGACGGUCAUCUUCCACAACCAGACUCUCGGUGACCCUACCAUGGCCUACUACAGCCAAAGCUCGAACUAUCAGAUUGUGGCGUCACUUCACAACAUCGCUCUUUCUGACCCCUACAACCCGCAGACCACCAACCUGGACGUCAUUGCCAUCCCUUCAGGCAACACCACCAACGUGACGCUUGCCGAACCCGUCCCGGCUACUAAGUAUGCAUCUCUCCUGAUUGUCGGCAAUCAUAGGGCAGGGUCAGAACUCGACCCCGUCUGGUUCCCGGAUGGCCAAGCGGACGUUUGA